AUGUCAAUUUUAUUUCAAACGACUAUAUUGAUUGUAUAUUUGGUUACAUUAUCAAUACAAAGUAAUAUUGGGCAUGCAUGGAACAAUCAUCACUGGGACCUAGAAAAGGAAACACAACAACAACAACAACAACAACAAUAUCAAGAUGAUAUUGAUCGUAUUGAUGAGUAUAAUGAUGAUAAUGCUAAUGACGAUGAUAAUCAAUAUUUGUAUUUAUUUAAUUUAAAUAGACACCCAUCCUAUUCACCUAAUUUCAGGCGUAAAGUAUUUUCAGAUUCAAAAAUUAAUUUACCUAUUGAUAUGAAUGAAGAUCUUAAUAAACUACAAGAAUCGGCUUCUUCUUCGUCUUCUUCGCCUCCUACAGAUGAAAACAUUGAAUAUUUAAAUCCAAUUUGGCCAAAUCUAAUUUAUUAUAGAAAUCCUUUAAAAAAACGUGAUCAAACUAUUGAUUGGUUGAAUGAAAAUACUCAACUAACGGAUAAUAGUAUGAUUGUAAAAAAAAUGCCAGAAACUAUAAAAUGGUCUACACCAAUUCAACCGGGCAAUUCAAAAGAUUUACGUAAAUUACGUAAUCUAGAUACAUUUAAUACAGAACAAUAUAAACAUCGAGAUGAAGCAAAAUCAGAUGAUACACAUCAGGAACAUUCUAGAUCUUGGACAAACGAAAGUGAAUCCAAUAAUUCGGUCGUAAAUGAACAAAACGAACGUCAAGGCUGA